AUGAACCUCGACGGCGUCCUUUUCCAACGCGCUUGGUUACAGGGCCUUCUGGUCUCCGCCGACCGCUUACUCCCCGACGACGGCACCGGCCUCAUCGAGUUCUGCCUCAGCCCUGAAUUCCGCCGCCGCCGGCCCUGUAAUGCCGGAAUGUAUGUAUUGGCUGUUGGACGCUACACUCUUCGUACAAAUGAGCCCCCAAUGAUCCAGAUUCGUAAGAUGGUUGAUCUUUCAGCUUCCCCUGAUCGAGAGGCCAUCUUGCUACCUUGA